AUUUGAAUCUUGGGCCAACUCCUUACAGCUUCUUAAACGUGUCAUUUUCCAGGGACUAGGCUGGGACUGUCUGGGGCACAAGUAGGCACUCGACCAACCGAAAGACGCUUAGCAAACGCAGGACUGAGCCAACUCAGGAAACCGGGCCUGGCCGCGGGGUGCCUCUGUUCCGCCCCACCCCCACGGGCACCAGCGUCCGUCAUCAGGGGUUCUGAGCUCUCUGGUUGCCGCUGUCUGGACCCUGAGAAACCGGGGACCCUCACCCCAGCCGCAAAGGAGGCACCGGCAAGUAACUUGCACCAGCCUUGUCCCACAAGCUACACGGAGCUCACCUCGGAGUGCUCCCAGGGGGGCACUAAGACGUGAGCACUCAGGGGUGUUUUUGUCGUCCCCCCCCCCCACGGUGGCACGGGUUAGGCCAGAUUCCAAAUUCUGGCUCUGGAAAAUUCCAUAGCCUGAAUCCAGCCGCGGGGAGCCGGGCUAAUCCCUCCCCAUUUAUUGCGUUAUGUAACAUCCAGGGAUUAAUACUGGAGGCAGAUGGCGGGGCUCACACCCUGCCCUGUGCCUGCCUGGCUCCGUGAGUGAGGGGACUCCCACCUGGCACACGGAGGCGGGGCCGGGGCCCGGAUUCCUGCGCUGCAGAAAUGCGCAGCAGGAGCGGGGUGGGGGCUGAGGGGUGGGCUCGGGUGAGAGGUAGCCCGGGGUUCUGCGGAGUGCCCCAGCUUCUUCUUCGGUAUCUCCUCCACCAGCCCCAUCCAAGCCUCCACCUCCCGUGAAGGGUCAGUUCUCACUCAUGCGCACCACCUGCCCCCAUCCUGGUGGCCGUCUCUUCCACGGCACCCCACCCCACGGUGCCCCGUUUGUGCCACAGCCUUGCAGCCCUGCUUCUUUGGUCCCCACGUCCUCAAACCUUCACAGGCUGCCCUCCUGGGUCCUGCUGCGGCUUCCCAGGGCCCAAGUUGAUGGAGCCCCACAGGUCGCCUCUGCAGGGAGGACCCAGCCAGUUGUACUCGGUCCACUAGCCUCAGGCCUCGCGUGAACCCCAGACAGACUCCUGGGGCCGGCCUCUCUGCCGAGGAACCAGCCGAGCCCUCUGGGCCUCAGUCUCCCCGGUGGGUGAACCGGGUGCUGUCAACAGGUCCCAGGAGGCGCAGGGAUGGGAGCGUGGUAGAACUGAGCCUGGCUCCGGGUUGGCGCCAACCUCUCGGCUCCGGGUGCUACCAGGAUCCCAUGGGCGUCCGUGCUCCGCCCCGCCCCGCCCCCUCUCUCCAAUAAGACCCGCUCCGGCGGCUGGGCGGGCGGCCCAGAGCAGCGGGCGGCGCCGCAGGCGCACAGGGUGGCGCAGUCCCCGGCCCACCCGGCGCAGAUGGAGCCCCGGUCCCAGCGGCGGCGGCGGAGCCGCCCGCUGGUGGCCACCUUCCUGCGCGACCCGGGCUCGGGGCGCGUGUACCGGCGCGGGAAGCUGAUCGGCAAGGGCGCCUUCAGCCGCUGCUACAAGCUCACCGACAUGUCCACCAGCGCCGUGUUCGCCCUCAAGGUGGUGCCGCGGGGCGGGCCGGGGCGGCUGCGCCUGCGCGGGAAGGUGGAGCGCGAGAUCGCCCUGCACAGCCGCCUGCGCCACCGCAACAUCGUGGCCUUCCACGCGCACUUCGCGGACCGCGACCACGUGUACAUGGUGCUGGAGUACUGCAGCCGCCAGUCCCUGGCUCACGUGCUGAAAGCGCGUCGGACCCUGACCGAGCCUGAGGUGCGCUAUUACCUUCGGGGCCUGGUCAGCGGCCUGCGCUACCUGCACCAGCAGCGCAUAGUGCACAGGGACCUGAAGCCCAGUAAUUUCUUCCUUAACAAGAACAUGGAGGUGAAGAUCGGGGACCUGGGGCUGGCCGCCCGCGUGGGGCCCACCGGUCGCUGCCACAGGGUGCUCUGCGGGACUCCAAACUUCCAGGCUCCCGAGGUGGUGUCCCGGAGUGGACACUCCUGCCAGUCUGACAUCUGGGCGCUGGGCUGCAUCAUGUACACGGCGCUGACCGGCGCCCCGCCCUUUGCCGGGGCGCCCCUGCCGGAGAUGUACCAGAAUAUCCGGGACGGCCGCUACCCCGAGCCCGAGCACCUGUCGCCCAGCGCGCGCGGCCUCAUCACGCGGCUGCUGGCGCCCAACCCUGCCGAGCGGCCCAGCCUGGACCACGUCCUGCAAGAUGACUUCUUCACUCAGGGCUUCACCCCAGAGCGGCUGCCCGCGCACUCCUGCCGCAGUCCGCCCGUCUUCGCCUUCCCGCCACCGCUGGGCAGACUGUUCCGGAAAGUGGGCCGGCUGCUGCUGACCCAGUGCCGGCCGCCCUGUCCCUUCACCUCGAAAGAGGCUUCAGGCCCCGGAGAGGAAGGGACAGAGCCUGACUGCAUGGAGUCCAGCGGCGAGGAAGGGGCUCCUCCCUGUCCUGAGAGCCGCAUCCACCUCCUCACUCUCGGGGCGCUGCAGACCGACCUGGCGGACCCAGAGGGGGACCUGGCACCCCAGGUGGAGGCGGCAACCAGGAAAAUGCAUCUCUGCUUGGACGCAGGACCUAUGGCGGCACAGGACCCCCCAGGGGAGCAGCAGCCGGUCCUCUGGGCCCCCAAGUGGGUGGAUUACUCCCUCAAGUACGGCUUUGGCUACCAGCUGUCGGAUGGGAGCAGUGGCGUGCUGUUUCGGGACGGCUCCCACAUGGCCCUGCACCCCCCAGGAGGGCAUGUCUCCUACCGGCCUGACCAGGGGACUCUGUGGACCUUCACCCUGAGGGACGUCCCCAGCCCGCUGCGGGCCAAGCUGGCUGUCCUGCGGCUCUUCGCCUGCUACAUGCAGAGGCGCCUGCGGGAGGAGGGGACUGUGUCCACGCCCGUGGCGCCUGCCUCUCCCGACUUCUCUCUGUUGACCUUCGCUGCCGACUCCCAGACUUUGGUCCUGCUCUUUAGCAAUGGGACUGUGCAGGUCAGCUUCAGGACGUCCCAAACCCAGCUGGUUCUGAGUGGGGAGGGUGAAGGCUUUCUGCUCACCCUUUGGGAGCCGGGAGGACCCAGGACGGGCAUCUCCUACUCCCUGGAUGUCCUGCGGGGCCACGGAUGCACCCCCGCCAUCCACCAGCACCUGCUUUGCGGGCUGCACCUGCUGCAGAGGAUCCGAUGAGGGUCUGCGGGGGGGUGGGGGGGGGCACCUCUGCGCGUUGGUGCUGGAGACCUGGGCUCUGCGUCUGUUUGCUACGGCUCCAGAGCUGGCGUCCAUGGAGGGUGGACACCACGUGGGGGGCUCUCUUUGAUUGAUGGUCUGACUAUUCAUGCUAGAAUUUUGUUGGGCCCUGAUGGAUUUUCAUUAAAGAAAACAUGGCGCUGUAA